UUAAACUCGUUCGCGUUGCUGAUGGUCGCGUGUGAAAAAUACAAUAAAAUUCAACACUUAAAAGCCAGAAAAAUACAACAAACUAAAACUAUAAAACGUAAAUUGUAAAGUGUAAUCAUAAUAUACAAAGAAAGGCAACUAAAAACUCACUACAAGGAUAAAAUAAGAAGCUGCUUUCACUUUCUUCGCAGUGAACCAUUGAAAUUUUUCACACAUUUACAUGUGUUGGUGCAAAGUGAACUGAUGUGUGUGUGUGGACUAUUACAUAUGCGUGGAUCUAAAAUCCAGAAACUCUUCACUGCAGACUUACAACAAAUGCCAAAUUUUUAUAAACCGCCGCUUUAAACUCGUCCAAACAAAUAAAUAAAUGAAUAAAUAUAAAAAUAAAACAAAGCUAUAAGUCACCACCGUCGAUCUCAAUAACUAAACAAGAGGAACCAUUCUUUUUUAAACAAAUAAAAAGCUUUUCCCGUAUUCAAGUGAGUCUGAAUAAAGUGUGCAUGGCUGUGUGGCGAAUGAGACCAAACACACCUGUUGCCGCGAUGCUUUGACCGCAUUUCGCUAUUUGGCUCUUGGCUAGCACCAUUCACCCAGGAAAGCGCUCUUUUAAGCCGCAUUUUAUACAAGGGGCAAAUCAAUUUUGUGCGACCGAAUGAAACUUCAAAUAUGAAUACAGGAGAUCGUAAGGAGGCAGCCUCGUUAACACCGCAACAGCAACAAUCGCCGCAACAGCCAGAGCCACAGCAACCAAUUACCCGACACGAUGCCUUGGAUAGUUCUAGUGCUAAUAAUAAACUAAAUCAUAAACACAAUAACGAUAAGGAUAAGGCUAAGGAUAAGGAUAAGGAUAGGGACACAACUAGCGAUAAGAAUUGGGAGGCGAGCAGAGAUUUAUUGCCGGCCAGUGUUGUCAUCGUCGAUGAAUCACCAUGCCCCGCGAAGAGUCAAAGGCAACCACCAGUGGAUUCGAGUGCGGUGGUGGUGGUGGGUGCGGGAGCACGAAGUGGAGCCACCUCCUCAUCGCAGCGUCGCCGGCAAUUGCAAUUCCAGCGACAAAAGGAGGCCAAACUUUAUGACCGCGGCGACGGGGAACCAUCGCCCUCGCUCUCGCCCUCGACCUCCACAUCGACCUCGACCUCAGCCACCACGAACACCACCGUGAUGGGCGGCGGGGAGCUGGUGAACUGUAUUGCCUACGAUGACAACACCCUGGUCAUCGAGAGGAAGCCCUCGCCCACCUCCCCGUCCACAUCCCGGCGCUAUCUGAAGGCCGAAACUCCGACGCGUGGCAGCCGAAAGUACAAUCGCAAGUCAUCAUCGGUCAAAAGUGAUUUGGAAGUCGUGGUCGUCCGGCCGGAACACCAUCAUCAGCAUCGUUCGCCAACGAUAACGUUGCCGGUUCCCGCCAAUCCACUGACCACAUCGGCAUCGGCGGGCACAUCGCCGACGGGAGCGGGACUGGGAUCCGGAUUGGGAACCGCCACGGGAACGGUCCUGCAACAAAGUUGCAGUGCCCUUGAACCGCAGGAGGAACCACCAAGUCAGCCCAGUGGAGCCCGGAGGCGACCCACCAGCACCGAACUCGCCCUCAGCAACGUCACCAGUCAGAUUGUGAACAACGCCACCUACAAGCUAGACUUCAAGCAACGUCGCCAUAAAAGCAACAACGGCGUUGGUGAAUCCGCUGCGGGAUCGGGAUCCCUGACAGGAUUGCCCACAGGAUCGGUGACGAGUCCUGGAGCAGCGGCGGGACCCUCGACGAGCGGUAAGCGUCGCAAGUCGAGUUGCACAUCCUGCGGCGGUGGCGGUAUCAGUGCUCCGGCCCCGCGUUUAACGCCCGAGGAGGCGUGGCAGCUGCAGCCGCAGAAUAGUGUCACCAGUGCCGGGAGCACAAAUAGUAGCUUUAGCAGCGGCGGCGGACGCGACGAGGAUAGCAGUUAUAGUGCCGUCGGCGGCGACAGCAGCAGCAGCAACAGUUGCAACUGCGACAUAACCGGCGAUAAUAGUACGUUGCAUGGUUUUGGGGUCGGUGACGUUAGUAGUUUCAUCGGCGAUUGUGACGACGAUAACGAGGACGACGACGACGAUCCCAAUAACCAGGAUCUCAGCUCGCAAACCCUUCGCACAGCGGCGAUUGUUGCCGCAGUUGCGGCGGCAGCCAAGGAACAGGAGCAAUCCCUCGCCGAUUGCGAUAGCUUCAGUGAUCGUCGGCAGGAUGCCGAUGACGGUGUCCGGAUUAUCCAGGAUAGCGGCGGUGGCAACAACAACGACUCACUCGAGGACGUCGGCGAGGUGGACGACAACGCCGAUGUUGUUGUGAGAAAGAAUUCGAGGAAUCGCCCAUCCAUCCGCAGGACAUGCAGAAUCACCGAGGAGGACGACGACGACGAGGACGAGGGUGAUAUCAACGAUCGGGAGGAUCAGGAGCUCGACGACGAGGAGCCCGAGGGCACCACCAUCGACAUUGAUGAACAGGAACAGCAGCAGCAGCAGCAGCAGGAGCAAGACGAAUCCGCUGAGGACGAAGACGACGAGGACGAGGAAGACGACGAGGACGUCGACGAGUAUUUCGAGGAGGAGGAGGACGACACCCAGGCCUUUUCGCCAUUCUACUCCAGUUCCGCGGAGCUAAUCGAUAACUUUGGUGGCGGCGCGGGCAAGUUCUUCAACAUCAUGGACUUCGAGCGCGGAGCCUCCGGUGGAGGAGGCUUUUCGCCAAAUGGCAAUGGCGGUCCAGGGAGUGGCGAUCCCUCACGGGCGGCGAGAUACGAUUCCGGGGAAGGGGAUCUCGGUGGAGGGAACAAUAUAAUGGGCAUCGAUUCAAUGGGCAUUGCAAACAUUCCGGAAACCAUGAACGGCACCACAAUUGGUCCAAGUGGAGUUGGUGGCCAAAAAGCUGGUGCUGGUGCAACUGCCGCAGGCCAAAAGAGACAACAGCGGAGGGGAAAGCCGCAACCAGAUCGACCGCAACGAGCUCUAUUCUGCCUGAGUGUCAAGAAUCCAUUGCGAGCCCUUUGCAUUCGCAUCGUGGAGUGGAAACCAUUCGAGUUCCUUAUUUUGUUAACCAUUUUUGCCAAUUGUGUUGCCUUGGCUGUUUACACGCCUUAUCCGGGCAGCGAUUCGAACGUAACGAAUCAAACUUUGGAAAAAGUGGAAUACGUAUUCCUAGUUAUAUUCACAGCGGAAUGUGUUAUGAAAAUUAUAGCAUAUGGUUUUGUGUUACAUAAUGGUGCAUAUCUAAGAAAUGGAUGGAAUUUAUUAGAUUUUACAAUUGUAGUUAUAGGAGCGAUAAGUACUGCACUCUCCCACUUGAUGAAGGACGCCUUCGAUGUGAAGGCCCUACGUGCCUUUCGUGUGCUACGUCCACUUCGACUCGUAUCGGGUGUACCAAGUCUACAGGUUGUGCUGAACUCAAUUUUAAAGGCCAUGGUGCCACUGUUUCACAUUGCACUCCUGGUCAUAUUCGUAAUCAUAAUCUAUGCGAUCAUUGGCCUAGAGCUCUUCUCUGGCAAACUGCACAAGGCGUGUCGCGAUGAGGUCACAGGUGAAUACGAGGAGAAUAUCCGACCUUGCGGAGUGGGCUACACCUGUCCGAAGGGAAUGAAGUGCUAUGGCGGCUGGGACGGACCCAAUGACGGCAUCACCAACUUCGACAACUUUGGCCUGGCCAUGUUGACGGUGUUCCAGUGCGUCACCCUGGAGGGCUGGACCGAUGUCCUUUACAGCAUCCAAGAUGCAAUGGGAAGCGAUUGGCAGUGGAUGUACUUCAUCUCGAUGGUCAUCCUAGGAGCUUUUUUCGUGAUGAACCUAAUUCUCGGUGUGUUGUCCGGUGAGUUCUCCAAGGAGCGUAACAAGGCCAAGAAUCGCGGCGACUUCCAGAAGCUGCGAGAAAAGCAGCAGAUUGAAGAGGACCUGCGGGGUUAUCUUGAUUGGAUAACCCAAGCCGAGGAUAUCGAACCCGAUGCCGUGGGUGGCCUGAUUUCCGAUGGCAAAAGCAAGCAGACCAACGAAAUGGACUCCACUGAGAAUAUGGGUGAGGAAAUGCCCGAGGUUCAGCUAACUGAAUCGCGUUGGCGCAAAAUGAAAAAGGACUUUGAUCGAGUCAAUCGGCGAAUGCGACGUGCCUGUCGAAAAGCUGUUAAAUCUCAGGCCUUCUACUGGCUCAUUAUCGUUCUGGUGUUCCUGAAUACCGGCGUUCUGGCCACCGAGCACUAUGGCCAACAGGAUUGGCUGGACAAUUUCCAGGAAUACACCAACAUGUUCUUCAUCGGCCUCUUCACCUGCGAAAUGUUGUUAAAGAUGUACAGUCUGGGCUUUCAGGGCUACUUCGUUUCGCUAUUCAAUCGUUUUGAUUGUUUUGUGGUGAUUGGCAGCAUAACUGAGACCUUGUUGAAAAAUACUGGAGUUAUGCCUCCUUUGGGUGUCUCCGUGUUGCGAUGUGUACGUCUACUGAGAGUCUUUAAAGUAACCAAGUACUGGCGAUCUCUUUCAAAUCUCGUUGCUUCCCUAUUGAACUCUAUACAAUCGAUCGCAUCGCUCUUGUUACUGCUCUUCCUAUUUAUUGUGAUAUUUGCUCUUCUGGGUAUGCAAGUCUUUGGCGGUAAAUUUAAUUUUGAUGGCAAAGAGGAGAAGUAUCGGAUGAAUUUCGAUUGCUUCUGGCAAGCCCUGCUCACAGUCUUUCAGAUAAUGACUGGUGAGGAUUGGAAUGCUGUGAUGUAUGUGGGCAUUAAUGCCUAUGGCGGUGUGUCCUCCUAUGGUGCCUUGGCCUGUAUUUACUUUAUCAUUUUGUUUAUAUGCGGCAACUAUAUUCUGCUGAAUGUGUUCUUGGCCAUUGCUGUGGAUAAUUUGGCCGAUGCCGACUCGCUGUCCGAGGUGGAAAAGGAGGAUGAGCCACCUGAAGAAUUAGCGCAAAAGAAGUCUCACAGUCCCACUCCAACAAUUGAUGGCAUGGAUGACCAAAUCAGCAUAGAUAUUGAUAUGGAGCCUCACGAACUGGACGACGAAGACAAAAUGGACCAUGAAACUCUAACUGAUGAGGAGGUCCGUGAAAUGUGCGAGGAAGAGGAAGAAGACUCCAAUUCCGAAGUAUCAGCACGUGUCACUGCACGACCCCGACGAUUAUCUGAAGUCAGCAUGAAGAAGACUAAAAAGUCCAUCCCGCGAGGCAGUGCCUUUUUCAUUUUCAGUUACACAAACAGAUUCCGUGUCUUCUGCCACUGGCUUUGUAAUCACAGCAACUUCGGCAACAUUAUCUUGUGUUGCAUUAUGUUUUCGUCGGCUAUGUUGGCAGCAGAGAAUCCUCUGAGGGCCAACGAUGACCUGAAUAAAGUGCUCAAUAAAUUUGAUUAUUUUUUCACGGCAGUUUUCACAAUAGAACUGAUUCUGAAAUUGAUUUCAUACGGUUUCGUAUUACACGACGGAGCCUUUUGCAGAUCCGCAUUUAAUCUAUUAGAUUUACUUGUGGUCUGUGUGUCAUUGAUAUCUCUAGUAUCCAGUUCGAAUGCGAUUUCAGUCGUGAAAAUUCUACGUGUGCUCCGUGUUUUAAGGCCACUCAGAGCCAUUAAUCGUGCCAAGGGUCUCAAGCAUGUUGUUCAAUGUGUCAUAGUCGCUGUAAAGACUAUCGGAAAUAUUGUGCUCGUCACAUGCCUCCUGCAGUUCAUGUUUGCCGUAAUAGGAGUCCAAUUGUUUAAGGGUAAAUUUUUCAAGUGCACCGAUGGUUCCAAAAUGAGGCAAGAAGAUUGCUACGGCACUUAUCUGGUUUAUGAUGAUGGCGAUGUCCAUAAGCCGCGGCUCAAGGAACGGGAAUGGAGCAACAAUCGGUUCCAUUUCGAUGAUGUGGCCAAGGGCAUGUUGACCCUGUUCACGGUAUCCACCUUUGAGGGUUGGCCAGCACUGCUGUACGUUUCGAUUGAUUCGAAUAAGGAGGACGGUGGUCCAAUACACAACUUCCGUCCGAUAGUAGCUGCCUACUAUAUUAUCUACAUUAUUAUUAUCGCCUUCUUUAUGGUGAACAUAUUCGUCGGUUUCGUUAUUGUGACUUUCCAAAACGAAGGUGAACAGGAAUACAAAAAUUGUGAUCUGGAUAAGAACCAGCGUAAUUGCAUAGAAUUUGCUUUGAAAGCAAAGCCAGUUAGGCGAUAUAUACCCAAACAUGGUAUACAAUAUAAGGUCUGGUGGUUCGUCACAUCCUCAUCCUUUGAGUACACCAUAUUCAUACUGAUCAUGAUAAACACGGUAACGCUGGCUAUGAAGUUCUAUAAUCAACCGCAGUGGUAUACGGAACUUUUAGAUGCCUUGAAUAUGAUAUUUACGGCUGUCUUUGCUCUUGAGUUUGUUUUCAAACUAGCCGCGUUUCGAUUUAAGAACUAUUUUGGUGAUGCCUGGAACGUUUUCGAUUUCAUAAUUGUCUUGGGCAGUUUUAUAGACAUUGUCUACUCUGAAAUUAAGAGUAAAACCCCUUCGCAGGCAGCAGUAUGUAACAUUGUCGAGGGCUGUAAAUCUCAAAAGAAAUCUGCUGGUUCAAAUCUGAUAUCCAUUAACUUCUUCCGACUCUUUCGUGUGAUGCGACUUGUGAAGCUUUUAAGCAAAGGAGAAGGCAUUCGAACAUUACUUUGGACCUUUAUCAAAUCUUUUCAGGCUUUGCCAUAUGUAGCCCUGCUUAUUGUGCUACUGUUCUUUAUUUACGCAGUGGUGGGAAUGCAAGUUUUCGGAAAAAUUGCCCUGGAUGGUGGUAACGCCAUUACGGAAAAUAACAACUUUCAGACCUUCCAGCAGGCAGUUCUCGUGCUUUUCCGAUCGGCCACCGGAGAAGCUUGGCAGGAGAUUAUGAUGUCCUGCUCGGCACAACCGGAUGUAAAGUGCGAUAUGAAAUCAGAUACGCCGGGAGAAGCAUGCGGCUCCUCAAUUGCUUAUCCCUACUUUAUAUCCUUCUAUGUUCUCUGCUCGUUUUUGAUCAUUAAUCUUUUUGUGGCUGUUAUUAUGGACAACUUUGAUUACUUGACCCGCGAUUGGUCCAUCCUGGGUCCUCAUCAUCUCGACGAGUUUAUUCGCCUGUGGAGCGAAUAUGAUCCCGACGCCAAGGGACGCAUCAAACACCUGGAUGUGGUGACGUUGCUGAGAAAGAUAUCGCCGCCACUUGGUUUUGGCAAACUGUGUCCACAUCGAAUGGCCUGCAAAAGGCUAGUCUCCAUGAACAUGCCACUCAAUUCGGAUGGAACUGUUCUGUUUAAUGCCACCUUGUUUGCCGUGGUCCGCACUUCGCUGAGCAUAAAAACCGAGGGUAACAUCGAUGAUGCCAACUCCGAGCUGAGAACCACUAUCAAGCAGAUCUGGAAGCGCACCAAUCCCAAGCUCCUGGAUCAGGUGGUUCCACCGCCGGGCAACGAUGACGAGGUGACCGUUGGCAAGUUCUACGCCACAUAUCUCAUUCAGGACUACUUCCGGCGGUUCAAGAAGCGCAAGGAGCAGGAGGGCAAGGAAGGCCAUCCGGACAGCAAUACGGUCACCCUGCAGGCCGGUCUGCGAACUCUGCACGAGGUGUCUCCGGCUCUCAAGAGGGCCAUCUCCGGCAAUCUCGAUGAGCUGGACCAGGAACCGGAGCCCAUGCAUCGACGCCACCAUACGCUCUUCGGCAGCGUGUGGUCGUCGAUCCGGCGGCAUGGCAACGGAACCUUCCGGCGCAGCGCGAAGGCGACGGCCUCGCAGAGUAACGGUGCUCUGACCAUCGGCGGAUCCGCCUCGGCGGCGAUGGGCGUGGGCGGCAGCACGCUGGUGCUGGGCAGCGUCGAUCCCGCUGGCGGGGAUUACCUAUACGACACCCUGAAUCGCAGCGUGGCCGACGGGGUGAACAAUAUAACGAGGAACAUAAUGCAGGCCCGAUUGGCGGCGGCCGGGAAGCUGCAGGACGAACUGCAGGGGACGGGAAGCGGCGGGGAGUUGAGGACAUUCGGCGAGAGCAUCUCCAUGCGACCGCUGGCCAAAAAUGGGGGCGGAGCGGCCACUGUGGCGGGAACGCUGCCGCCCGAGGCCAAUGCCAUUCCCUAUGACAUAAGUGAUUCGAGUUUGAAAACCACCGAGUGCUGAGUUUUGAACCCUGACCAAAUUCUUGAGUGUCCAAAGAGUCUCCAAAGAGUUCGAACAAGACUGGUUUCCCUCUUCAUAUGGGGAUCGUUCCCACAAGUUUAUUUUCGUUUCAUUAUUUUCUAUUAAGUUUUAAAUGCGAAAAAAGAACCAAUUGAAACAUUCCGUUAUUGGUAAAGAUUAUGCUAUUUCGUGUAACCGAAUUGAGAGUUCCCUGAUAAUAAUGUGGAUUUAAUGACAUAACACCUACAACAAGAACAACAAACUACAACAAGUACCAGAAACAACUUUAACAACAACAAUCGUUUAACACGCAACAACAGCAACAAGAGAGAACGUAAUUAAAAGCAAACCCAAAGCAAACCCGAUAUCGAUGUCUAUAUAUUCAAUAUAUAUAAAAUUUCUUAUAUAUAUAUAAACAAGCCAUGAUGUUGUGCCCAUCCACUCAUAAGCCUUGGCCUUGGCUUUAUUGAGCCGUAUUCCUUACUGAAAUGUGUGCCUUGCGACCAUUUAAACCACAUCCAAUACCUAUAAUACUAACCAAAACCAAUACUCAAUUUUUAAACCCAAGCUGAGAAUCUGAACGUUGUCUUUGUUGUUAUCGUUAAGAAUAUGAAUAUAUGUUUUCCCAUGCUAUGCCAAAAACCAGCCAGAAAAAGUAUUGAAAAAUUCACUAUUGUCUUUCAGUGUUGUAAAAAUGUCGUCGCUUCCUCUAUUUUUUUGUGGGGGAAUUAUUGUCACGUGGAUUGGGGACUUCUUACAUUCACAUCACAAACACUAAAACACUGUGAAAAAACACACCCUUAAAAUAAAUACUUUAGAUGCUUAGAAGCGCCGCUUGCACUGUGCCUUUAUCGCCUAACAAUAAUAUAAAUAUACAUAUAUAUAUAUAUAUAUAUAAAUGUUGCCUAGCAUUGCUGGAGAUAAUUGAGCUUUGCUGUAUUUAUAACCAUAACUGCUUGCUUAAUUUAGAGAACCUUUUCAUUUCAUUUGUGCUUAUGAUAUAAAUAUUUAUUUAACGAGGUUGUAACAAUGUUAAACAGUCGUGUUUAAAAAAGCUUGUAAUAUCGAAUGCUUGACUAACAAUUAAUAGUAAUCAUAUAUUAUAAAUUCAUAAGCUUGAUGAUCCUUGAGUAGGGAAGUGUAACAUUUUGUGAGCAAAUAUAUAAAACUGUUUAAUUUUUAUAAAUCAGUUGUACCAUUUUUAAAGAAGUUUCAAGCUGUAAUGGGUAUAACAAUUUUUUUAAAGAGCAGCCUUUGUAUACUUAAGGGGACGUUCUCUUUGUUUUGGAUCAAAAAAUCGAUUUUUUUUUUUUCAAAAAUUGAAAGCCACAUAUCCGUAGAAUUUGUGUGUGAAAGGAUUUUUCGAUACGAUGAAUAGUUUGUCAAUGAGAGCGUCUCGAAUACACCUGCGUCACGCGCGCUGUGGUAUGCUCUAAAAACUUUAAACGCGUUUUUCUCGAAACCAUGUUUUUCAACAAAAUUACGCGUCCACAGCUUCAUCCUGUGAACCGAUUUGCUUCAUGUAAAAUUUUUAUGAAAGUAGAUGCUUUUCUUUAGGGCACUAACCUACUCCGGAAAAAAACAAUAAUUUAUUUAUAAUUUUUCAACGUGGUUUAACUGAAAAAAAUGUACGAAAAUCGAACUUUAAAAUUCGAACGUUCAUUACGCGGUCAAUUUAUGGCCGCAAUUUGAUGCCACUAGGUUAGUGCCUCGCACAAGUAUAUUAACUUUACAUAAUGGUAACAAUUUUCUUUUUCUGUUGACUACAAGAGGCUGCAGGCUCGUAAUUUUGGGACGAUGUUUGCCGCGCGGAGGCAGACGAAAGCCGCCAUUUUGCAGCCGCCAUUUUGAAUUUCACCAUCAAAUAAAUUUUAAAAAAAUCUUGAAUAAUAAACGAAUUCAAAAAGCAAAACCCGAA